AUGUCUCAACCACAUACCAUACCGUACACAAUCACGUACAGCGCUCCCUGCCAAGGCCCGCUCUUCAUAGCCGGCACCUUCUCCCAGCCCGCCUGGCUUCUCCAGGAGAUGCACCCUUCGACGCCAUCCGGGAAAACAAACACAUACUCCAUCUGUGUCAUGGUCGAGCCUGGAAAGGAAUACCAGUACAGGUUUCGCCAAGGCAGAGAUGGCCCUUGGGCUGUCGAUGACCAGAAGCCGAUUGUCAAGAGCGCGUUGGGAACCAAGAGCAACAUCCUUCGAGUAAAGGAGCCCGUCAAGCCCACAAACGGCAACGAUACCGUCAGCUUCACUGUUCCCCUCUUCGCCCAUGAGCGACUCGGCGCCUAUACCCUCAGCGACGGCACCGACCAAGGCCAAGACACGACCAGUGAACCACACCGGGAAACAUCACCUAGAACCAUGAGCGACGCCCCCGUGGACCUGAACGAUCCUACCCUAGAAGCUUUUCCAUGCGACAAGUCGUCCAUCCUGGGCACCCUACGCAAAAUCCAGUCCAGCAUGGGCGAGCAGCCUAUUGCUGCUGACAGCCAUCGCUCGGGCCGCAGAAGCAGCAUCGACUCGGAUGACAGCUCUUCGGGCUCCAUCAGCCCUUCCUCCUUUCGACGGAGAGAAAACCGGCUAUCUAAUGGCAGCAAACGUAACUUGUCCGUCGCUUCGCUUGGUUCGAUUGCAGAGGAGCCCACUGGCGGGAACCAGAAACGCGAGCUGAGAAAUAUUGCUGAAACGUCCGUCGGCGACAAAGGCGAAGGUCUCAUGAUGAGAGCCUCGAAGCGAUGA